AUGUACGAUGAUAUCGAUAUCAAAAAGGAUCUCUUUGCAAUCGGAAUUCAAACAAGGGAACAGCUGGAAAUGUUCAUUAAGGGUGCAAACAAAGUACAUUGUAUAGAUGGCACCCACAGCACGAACAAGUAUGAGUUCCCAUUGACAACUGUGAUCGUGCCAGAUGAAUUUAAUAAAGGUUAUCCAGUGGGUUGGUUGAUAUCCAAUCGAAAUGACGAAUUAACUCUCCGGCCAUUCUUAGAAGAAAUAAAAAGCAGAUGUCCUGGCGACUUCACAGUUAACUGUUUGAUGACAGACGAUGAUAAUUCCGGGUGGAACGCAUUUUCUGCUGUUUUUGGAGAAACUAAGCACCAUCUGUGUAAGUGGCACAUAACCCGGGCUUGGCGCAGGAAUCUGAAAUUAGUUCCAGAAAGUCAGCAAGAUGAAGUAAUGCAACACCUUUUGGUUAUUUUAAAUGAAAAAGAUGCUUCACAAUUUGAAAUUCUGCAAAGGGGAUUCCUCAAAAAAUGUUUUGUAAUUGCUCCUGCUUUUGCCAAGUACUUUCAGGACCGCUAUGUUCGAAGGGCCGAAAAAUGGGCGAUGUGUUACAGGCAGUUUGAACAUUGCAACACAGAUACUAAUAUGUUUGUUGAAUCGUUUCAUAACAAACUGAAAACAUUCUUUAUGGAAAGACCGAAUAAAAGAAUUGACGACCUCAUCAAUUUGCUGCUAACCAUUGAAGAAGAGGACUAUUGGCAUAGAAAGAGAAGCCUGACUUAUUACGGAAAUUUAAAAAAUAUUUCUAUUGAGGACUCAAGGCAUACCAAAGGUUUAAGCAUAUCAGACGCUAAAGUGGAAAAGCUGUCAGAAAGUGAAUGGACAGUACAGUCCCAAAGUCGCGAUGGAUGUCAGUACAACGUGAGGAUGUUUGAAAACAAAUGCACCGACAACGAUUGCUUGGAUAGAAGUUUGAAGAUUGAGGAGAAAUUUAAAAACUUAAAACUCGCUCUACCAUGCUUUGGAUUGUGCGCUCAUUUAUAUUCCUGCAAUUGUCUGGACACAGAAUUGAUAUGCAAACAUAUUCAUAAAGUCCAUUCACUAGUGGUAGCAAUAUAUACAUCUGACGUCAAGACCGCUAAAGUUCCAACUGCGUUAUCAACGGAGGACGAGGAAUUCGCUUUUGUGGAACCUAUCGCAACAACUCCACAAAAAAUAGGAAGAUCUGAAAUUGAGAAAUAUGAAGAGAGCACAGUAAAAUUAGGAGAACUCGUUCACAACCCUAUUGUUGCAUCAUUACGCUUACCCAACAUCAACAAACAGCUGCAAGACAUUAUUACGCAGUGCAAAGCUGUAGCAAUGCUUUCCGCUGAUUCCGUUGACUCUAUGGCUGCUUUAACACCUAUUUACAGCGAAACAGAAUGGGAAAUUAGUCCUAAUGAAAAACUCGACACACAGUUGCGUCCUGGGCGUUUUGAAAAGACCAAAAAGGUUCCACUAAAGCGAAGAAGUAAUUAUUCAUAUCCGUUUUACGAGAAAAAACAGAUUAUUGUGGAUGGCAAUAAAUCUAACACCUACAUGAAUGUACCUACAGUUGUUCCAGCACCAUUGGAAAAACAAAAACCUACCGUUCAAUCAUCUAAAAACAUCAAGGAACGGAAAAAAAAAUCAACCUCCAACAAAAGCAUCGGCUUGUCAACAAUUGUCGUUGAAAAUAAUUCCACUAACCCUAAUGUGACGCCCAGGGUGUCGGGGUUUGACGAUAUGCGAUUACCAUUGCUGAAGUUUGAUUGUGUCACAAUUACUUUUUUCAUUGUUGUCUUUGGAGGUCACAUUCACUGAAUCUGAACUGCGCGAACUCAAGAAUGUCGAACGUGGUUGUAGACCUGGUUGGCUACAAGAUGAGAUCAUUACAGCUUAUUUGUUUCACCUACGCUGUAAAAACACCGACAUGAUAUAUCUUGAUCCGGCAGAGGUACUUGCUAUAGAUCGCUUCAAGUCCAUCAGAGGCUUAUUUUCAAAAAUCGACUUAUAUAAUAUCAAGUACGUGCUUAUACCAUACAACGACGGCGGCACACAUUGGAUUUUGACAGUUGUGGAUGUGAAAAGUGGAUCGAUCAUUGUACUCGACCCCAUGACAACCGACUACAAUCCUAAUCUAAAAUCCCAUAGCGAUGCGGUAUCAGUGGCAAUGAAAAUUCUCCAAAAGAAAUUUUGGAAAAACGUAACCAACAUAUCCAUCAAAACAGAAGAACAUGUGAUGCAGAAAGAUGCACGCAGCUGUGGUGUAUACUGAUGCUUCUACGCGUCAAAGAUAAUGUCAGGUAAGUGUUUCAUUUAUAGGACUUGUCUAAGCGAAAUUAAGAAAUGAAGACGUAUAAUUUAAAUACCUUCAUAAGUUUUGUUAAUAAAAUUUUAUGACUUUCGUUAAGGUGGCAAGCUAACUGACAAAUGCGAUCCAAUGGGCUUUAGAAGACAUAUAUAUAAGACGAUUGUCGGAAAUUGUAUUCCAUUUGCACGUACAUGAAAGAAUAUUCAGAAAGAACAUUCAAUGUGUCGGGCAUGUCUAAAAAAACCCAAAGACAACGAAGUUGACUGGGUGCAAUGUACACGAUGUCCGCAAUGGUAUCAUUGCAAAUGCGCUUCGUUUACGGCGGAACAAGCCGAUUUAGCAGUCAACUUCCGUUGCUGAUGACAUUUAUCUGUUAUUUCUAGUUAUUUCUAGGGACCAUCACUAUUUUUAAUUUUUUUAAAUGUUUUUUAGAUCAUCAUCAUUUUGUUGCUUAACUGGAAAUAAAUCAAAAUAAAAUAAAGUGAUCUACCAACUAUCUAGUUAAACUUUUUAAAACACAAGAUAACACAAAAUGCUUUGUUGUUUUUAUAUCUAAACCUAGUGCGGU